AUGCAUGCAAGAUUGGGCCCCCAGCAACCUGGCAGGCCAAGGCCGCCAAUACCCUCCACACGGGGUGUGCACCAUGAUCCUACGGUCACCCCUAUACCACAGAGCGUUCCCCCGCACCAUGACCCCUUGGGCACCCUUAUGGUGCAGAACGUUCCCCCGUACCAAGCAGUACGACAAACUGGGAGAAAUCCCCCAAACGAGCCACCCAUUGGCUCCAUCAGCAAAAGGCUAGACGACAUGCUCUCCACUCCUUUCUACUCUCAUAUCAUUCAUUACGAGCCCCCAAGGGGAUUCCUCGUACCAAAAUUCUCCACAUACGACGGGUCCAGCGACCCCUUCGACCAUAUCAUGCAUUAUCGACAGCUCAUGACUCUCGAUAUAGGCAACGACCCACUACUGUGCAAAGUAUUCCCCGCCAGCUUACAAGGGCAGGCCCUCUCAUGGUUCCAUCGCCUACCUCCCAACUCUGUCAAUAAUUUCAGAGACCUUUCAGAAGCCUUCGUGGGACAAUACCUAUGCUCCGCUCGGCAUAAACAGAACAUCAGCACCCUGCAAAACAUAAAAAUGAAGGAUAAUGAAUCCUUGAGGGAAUUCGUGAAGCGAUUUGGCCAAGUUGUCCUACAAGUGGAGGCUUGCAGCAUGGACGUUGUCCUGCAGAUCUUCAAGCGAAGCAUCUGUCCAGGCACCCCAUUUCUUGAGUCACUCGCUAAAAAGCCUCCUACGACGAUGGAUGACUUGUUUCAACGUGCGAACAAAUACUCAAUGCUCGAAGAUGAUGUACGGGCAGCCACCCAGCAAGUCUUGGUUUCCGGACAACCGUCCAAGGGUAGUACAGAAAGAAGUGCCAAACUUCCGGAUAGGCCAAGGCCAUCAGAUCGAAGGCAGGAAGGGCCAAGUCGCUUGGAGAUGCCACCCCUUACACCCAUUUCCAUAACUUAUGAAAAGUUUCUCCCUAUGAUCCAAGGCAUGUCCGAUUUCAGGUGGCCUAGACCCCUCGAAUCGGACCCGUCCAGAAGGGAUCAUAACAAAAAGUGCGCCUACCACAAGGAGCAUGGCCACACAACGGAGACAUACAGAAGCCUCCAAUAUUUUGUGGAAAGGCUUAUAAAGGCAGGACACUUGAGGCAAUACCUCCGCUCAGACGCCGGAGGCAGAGGCGCUUCCUAA